AACGUUCUACACUGUGUUUACGCGAAACCAUCGGAUUUUGCCUUGGCUGCGACCAGACUGACCCAUUCGUCAACCUUCCUUUUUGUGUCUUGUGCCACACGUCCGUUACGUGUGCUGUGUGCAGCUUUAUUAGUCAAUUUAUUCUAGAAAGUUUCACCUUGCUUUACGGACCGUUCUUUUUAUUUUUUCUUCUUCCGCACACUUCCUGGUAUAAGUUGGUUCACCCUAUCGGGUAAAAAAGGGGGUAGUUUCGGGGUUUUUUCGGUGGUGUCUUUUAUCGUUAAAUCUAUGUUUUGUUUUUCCGCCUAGCAAGUGUCAUUAGAAUGGGUCAGUUGAGUAAACAUUUUCGGCUGGUAACGGUCGACAAAACGUGCCGUGAUGUGUUGCAUCCCGAUCAAAGUUGUGGCGCCGCCUGGUGUACGUUCUUCGUGGAGGGUGUGCUUGGAGGUAUACGCCACUAUCUGCCAGCUGUUGUGACUCCGAUGCUGUUCCGCGUGCGGCAAUGGAAUGAUCCGGAAGUGUGGCGAAACUUUCUACGGCAGUACGCGCGAUGCAUUUUGGCCGGCUUACCAAUGACAGGCGGUAGCUUCUUGGCCUUCUGUCUGUUCUACAAGUGUAUGGGUCGGUUUCCGGCGGCCUGGUUUGUGCUGAUACCUUCACUAGCAGGCGGUUUGACGGCGAAGUAUCUACCGAGGCACAUCGUCCGAGCCCAGGGUAUCGGUUUGUUCAACAUGUACAUCGAGUUUCUUAUAAGACGUGCGCGCAGUCCAGCAGUCACUUACCUUCGCAACUCUCGACUCCAUGCGACCGCCAUUUUCGCGCUGCUCAGUGCGGGCAUCAUGGCGGCACGGCAGUGUUUGCAGCUGGAACGGUUCUGGUUCGCUUGCACCUAUCCGGAUGGUCACUGCGCCGUGCGGCAUGUACCGCAGGAUGCGGAAGCUCCCAAACCGUCACCGACCAACUGUCAGCAGCAUAUCAUCACGGCCAUGAUGCGCUCGGUGUACAUUGCGCUCGCGGUAAGCUUGGUGAAGAAUUUCCUUCCCCGCAUGCCGAUGCUCCUGACCGAUCCGAUCGGGCUCGGCCAUCUCGUGCUGACGCGCUUCGAUUUGGGCCUGUUCGGGUUUAUAACGUGCUACAAAUCCAUCUACGAAAUCGCGAACUGUACGCUGGCAACGCGACCAUCGGCCAAACGACCUUCGGCCAUCGUUCGCAGCGCGAUUGGUGGCUUAUGCGCCGGUUUGGCUUAUUAUUGCUUUCCGAACUAUUUGCUCUUUACUUUCUCCAUCACGGAGCUGGCGGAGCUCGGCUGGCUAGUGUACAUGCGCUCGGCACGAUUCACCAAAUGUGGCACCGUCCGUUGGCUGGACAGUGAAGUGCCCAUUUCCAUACUGCUGUACACCGUCAGCUUGGGUUUACUGUGCCAUUUGCGUAUCGUUUACCCGUACCACAUAAAUCGCUACUGGCACCGGCUGAUGGCUAAUGGGACCUGGGGCCGCUCGGACACGCUCGCAUACAAUUACGCCCGUAUCCUUCUUGGUGGCAAGUAAUACAGCAAACAUAAAGUUCUCCCCUUUUUUCUUUACGCAACCAUUUUGUUGCCCUAAAAACAAAAAACCCUUUUUAUCGCACUUUUAACCCUUCAAUAGACGCGUUAACACUAUUGACCGAAAAACCGAUUUGGGCAUCGAAAAUAAACAAUAAAAAACUAUAUCUCCGCCAAAAAGGAAAUUUUGCUUCCAAAAAAAACACCGCAGAAAGCUACAAAUAAUCAAAUAUCGUAUUUGACGAUUUUUCGUUUUAUAGCUUUGGAAAAACUUAACGAAGAUUGUGAGGGGGAACGGUCAUUGGGUUUUACGUUGCGAUUUUUUUUAUGAUUAUGCAUAAAUUUACACUUGACAUUAUCAUCUAUUACAUAAAAAAACAUUCAAGUUUGACGAGCAACAUAAAAAAUUGUGUAACUGAUGCGCGCCUAUAAAAAUAGCCCCUUUGUUGUUUGAGGUUACGCGACAAUAAAACUAUCGAAUUGGGGGUGUGAAUAACAAUAAAAAAUAUACCAAACAAAUAUAAUACGGAUCAUAAUCUAUUCCAUUGUUAUGUAUAAAAUUAAAAUUAUUUUUUUAUAUCAAAAAUAGCUUCAAAAUCGUAAAAACCGGUUUGCUUACAGGCAAACAAAAAAGAGCACGCGCGAGCCGAUGCGAGUGUUUUGAAAAUUGCAUACUUUUAGGCGGAAUAGUUUUCGUGUGAAAUAAUUCACGCAAAUCGCGCUGAGCAGAUUUAAAUAGAAAAAAGAAAGAAAAAAAAGAAAAUCAAAAUAAAGUAAAACUAGUCACGUAAUUAGUUUAUUUUGUAGUUUUAUAUUGUUCGACUUUAUUAUCCAUAGGUGUUUUUUUUGUUUUGUCUCGUUACUCAUACGUAGAAAAUGGAUAAUUUUCUAAUGU